AUGGCGGACGUGAUAAGAAGGCAAAGAUCCCCUCAGCAGCAGGCGAGAUACGUGUUAACUGGCGCUGAUCCCCGCCACCACGCGAUCCAGGUCGGGCCCGCCCACCAACCGCCCACACCGCCCGCCCCACUACGUCUAACGGACACCUCCCUCUCAUUACUACUGCUACACCGCCCGCCCAUUCACGGCCCGUCACCGCCCACAACACCUCCCGCCCACUACUACGCCCCUACCACCGCCUGCCCACCAAUACCAUACGCCCACCACACCCGAAAACACCUCCCGCCCACUACUUCCGCCCCCACCACCCCCGCCAACACCACGAAAUCCCUAGCUCCAGACAGCCCAGGUGAGGGAAGGUCAAGAGCUCCCCUCACCUGUGCAAUAGCCACCGUGCAAUCGAUCCGUGGUGAUGAUACAACUUGCAAAUCAUGCCACGCUUUGCCAAUCAAGCCUCGAAUCAAGCCAAAUCAAGCCUCGAAUGAAACCACAUCAAUCCCGAAUGAAACCACACCAAGCCUCGAAUCAAGCCAAAUCAAGCCUCGAAUCAAGCCAAAUCAAGCCUCGAAUCAAGCCAAAUCAAGCCUCGAAUGA